AUGAUUGUGCUUGCGCCGCCCACAAACGCCCCUGCGCCAGCUUACAUGGGGCGGGGGGUGACACUCGGCGGAGCAACGAAGCCGCGGCCCAUGUCAUUGGAAUGCAGAGCACCCACACCCCACAGCGCCAACGGGCUGCACGCAGGCGUCGCCCAUACCGCGGGGCCAAAGGCCCUGCAGCCGACGGAAAGACAGUUUACACACUUUCCAGCGUCUUGUUGUCGCGACACCGCCGCGGUGCGGUACAGCCGCACGACAGCCACAACGCGAAGAGGCCACACACACAUUCACGCAGCGCAGCGCGCGCCCUCUCGUAUUUGUAUGGGAGGAUACCACCACCCCACAGCGACAGCUUCAGCAGGUCGCCCAAUACGGCCCCGCCGUUCCGCCUGA